CGCAGCCAAAGCAGCUCUCCGAACACCUAUCGAACGGACAGAUGCUUUUGCUCCCUCGAUAACCCCAAGAAGAUGGCCGACAUUUGCCCAUCAAGGUCGGAGCCUACCCUGUCGUUCACGCAGGGUCUCAUCCUCGGCCAGCUCUCGGUGGUGCUCUUGCUCGCCGCCUUCAUCAAGUUCUUCAUCUUUGGUGAUCCUCCCUCGCCCGAAGUCGUCGCCUCCAUCCGCGCCACCGACCGAAGAUCGCGAACGUUAGCACACAAGAAAUCAAUCCUCAGCCUUCGAGAAACCAACGCGCUCCAGCUGGUGCAGAACCCAGCUCUAAAUAAGAAGCAUGUUCUGCGCCCUGGCCCUCCCAUCUUGACCAUCGGGUCUAUUCUUAGCAAAACAUAUUACAAGGUCGACAGCCAUCAACCCGAAAGUCUCGACUGGUUCAACGUGCUGAUCGCCCAAACCAUCGCCCAAUUCCGCAGUGAUGCCCAACACGACGAUGCGAUUCUCUCCUCUCUGAGCAAGGCGCUCAACGGCACCGCCCGACCCGACUUCCUCGACGAGAUCAAGGUUACGGAACUUAGCCUGGGCGAAGAUUUCCCCAUCUUCAGCAACUGCCGCAUCAUCCCGGUGGACGAAGAUGGCCUUAGCUUUGGAACCGGCAAGGCCUUCGACGCCAACAUGGCCACGAGAGAAGGCGCGCGUCUCCAAGCCAGAAUGGACGUUGACCUUAGUGAUAUGAUCACCCUGGCGGUAGAGACAAAGUUGUUGCUCAACUAUCCCAAGAGGCUCAGCGCCGUUCUCCCUGUGGCCCUGGCUGUUUCAGUUGUUAGGUUCAGCGGUACACUGUCCAUUUCGUUCAUUCCCAGCAACCCGUCCAACAAUGAACCCGCGAAGAUGAUCUUUACCUUUCUCGAUGACUAUCGUCUGGACUUUUCUAUCCGCAGUCUUUUGGGGAGUCGUUCAAGACUGCAGGAUGUCCCCAAGAUUGCACAACUUGUCGAAUCACGUCUCCAUCGGUGGUUCGAUGAGCGCUGUGUGGAGCCCAGGUUCCAGGAGAUCGCUCUGCCUAAUAUGUGGCCUCGCAAGAAGAAUACUCGUGGUGGCGAUGAGACCAUCUCAGAUGUGGAAAGGUCUAUGAGCAAGGCCAAGGGAGUCGAUAUUGCUAAGGACGUAAGAGAGGAGGCCCGGAAAGAGAUUGAGGCUGAAGCGCAUGGGGGAGCCGAUAGAGUGCCAGACUCGCUAAGAUACAGGCAUCGCCCGAGGGCAGACGAGGAGUUUCCCGGCGCCGGGUCAAUGCCUGGUUCUAUGCCCGGUUCUAUGCCCUGAAUGAGCAUACCCUUUCCGAACGGGCUAAGGAACACGAGACUGAAGAGUGGUUCUCACUUCACUGCCCUUGGCCUGUUUUGGGAUCUUACAGCCCGCCAUGGGACUGUCGGUAGCGCGAACAGGCACUCAUGUCCUCGAACGCCACCACAAGCUGGAUCUUCAUAAUUUCCCGAAAAUGUGAAAGCGGAACCUCGAAAACGCUGUCACGUUGACGAAAUUCCGUGGCAGAGGAGUUGCUGCCGCUAAAUCGCAACUGCUGAGGCGGUCACCAUUGCAGAUUGCAGAUGCUAUCCCACGUACAUAUGUAGUACUACUGUAUCAGUGCCACGUCGUUCUAGAUGAUGUAGAGGUCAAAAGAGAAGAGCGUCGAAGGGGUGUCACCAGUGUGUACAUGGGCCACGGCACCAUGAGUAUCUCUACGGCCUACCAUGUGAAUAUAACGAAACAACCC